GUGUCCCAAAUGUAAAGAUGCUAUUUAAUUAAGGGGAAAUGAUAAUCUAUGUUAACAUGUAAUUUGUUUUCGUGGUAAUUUACAGACGGUCCCUUGCGCCUGCACCUACGAUAGACCAUUGACGUUCAGAGCGCUCAGAGCAGAAGUGAGGAGGACAGGCUACAGGCUUCAGAGAACGCGACCGCUUUUACCUAGGCUACUGCUUCUGCGGAACUUGGUUCUUAGCCUAAAUCAGCGGUCUCUUCAAGCCUGCGUAUGUUGACUGAACGUGACCGGUUUGAGUUCGUUUUUGUAACUCCUCUAAACUGGUUAUCAAAGCAACUUUGACUCGAUUCAAUACAGGAUUCCCUCGCGAAUCUCCAAUUACUAGCCAUUAAAAGGGUGGUCAGUGAGAAACUAUUGUUGCAGUCUCUCACUUUUAUUUAGUUAAAGCUACUUUUGGAGUUUAUUUCAAGCGUAUGACGCAUUGCGCAUCAUUGCCCCGGGGUUCGAGGGCUAGGCGCUUCAACAUGGACUGAAGCAGCCUGUUCUGGAUACUUUGAAAGGGAACAAGACAUCAAGAAUAAGAGAGAGAGAGUUGUUAUUCUCUAAAUUUCAGUAGGCUACAACAUCAACAUGGAAGAAGAAGACGGGCACCAGGAGAACGGUAUCCACGCCACCAAAGAUUCGGACCGACAGUUUAGACUGAGGCUCUGUGUUUUAAACGAAAUCUUAAACACUGAGAGGGAUUACGUUCGGACUUUGCUUUUCCUUCAAUCGGCCUUUUUACAAAGAAUCAGGCAGACAGCAGAUGAACAGCAGUGUCUGGCCCCAGAACAUGUCAAGAUCUUGUUCUCCAACAUCGAGGCCAUCCUUGACGUACACAAAGAGGUCCUGUCAGCCGUGGAGGGAAGCCUGCAGCCCGAGCCCCAGCCUCAGCACGCCCUAGGACACGUGUUCCUGCAGUUUAGGGGUCGUUUCUCCGUGUAUGGAGAGUACUGCAGUAACCAUGAGAAAGCCCUCCGCCUGCUGAUGGAGCUCAACAAGAUCCCACACAUCAGGACCUUCCUACUGCACUGUAUGCUGUUGGGAGGGAAGAAGAGCACAGACGUUCCUCUGGAGGGCUACCUGCUAAGCCCCAUCCAGAGGAUCUGCAAGUACCCUCUCCUGCUGAAGGAGCUCCUGAAGAGGACCCCGAAGAAGCAUCCCGACUACCCGGCGGUGGAGGAAGCCCUGCAGGUGAUGAAGGCCGUGUGCUCCAACAUCAACGAGACCAAGAGGCAGAUGGAGAAACUGGAGGCCCUGGAGCAGCUCCAGUCCCACAUCGAGGGCUGGGAGGGAACCAACCUGACAGACAUCAGCACAGAGCUGCUUCUCCAUGGUAACCUUCUCAAGAUCUCAGCAGGCAACAUCCAGGAGAGAGUGUUCUUCCUGUUUGACAACCUCCUGGUGUACUGCAAGAGGAAGUCCAGGGUUUCUGGGAAGAAGUCUACCAAGAGGACCAAGUCCAUCAAUGGUCCACUAUAUUUGUUCAGGGGAAGAAUCAACACUGAGGUGAUGGAGGUGGAAAACGUUGAGGAUGGAACAGCGGACUAUCACAGUAACAACUACACAGUGACCAAUGGCUGGAAGAUCCACAACACGGCCAAGAACAAGUGGUUUGUCUGCAUGGCCAAGAAUGCAGAAGACAAGCAGAAGUGGCUGGACGCCAUCUUGAGGGAGCGUGAACAAAGAGAGAGUGAGUGAAGCAAAGAUAUCUUUUGUUUAU